UUGACCAGGAACCGAGUUGUAGCUGGGGGUCGACUGGAUCUGGGGGGUGAUUGCUGCUUUUCAGCAGAAUUUUCUAUUUUAUUUUUUAUUUUCUUAUUGUUUCGCCAUUUUGUCCAAUUCACUACUUCCACUGCAACUACUUCUUCGGGAUUUUAUUAGAUCAUGAACAAACUAUAUGUUGGGAAUUUGAGUCCUUCGGUUACCGUCGAGGACUUGAAGCAGCUCUUUGGCGAGAGGAAGCUUCCAGUGGCCGAUCAGGUCCUGCUCAAAUCCGGCUAUGCUUUUGUGGACUUCCCCGACCAGAACUGGGCCAUUAAAGCGAUUGAAACUCUAUCUGGAAAAGUUGAAUUGCAUGGGAAGGUGAUUGAGGUAGACUACUCUGUUCCCAAAAAACUAAGGAGUCGGAAGCUGCAGAUCCGGAACAUCCCACCUCAUCUUCAGUGGGAGGUUUUGGACAGCCUUUUAGCACAGCAUGGUACGGUGGAGAACGUGGAACAAGUCAACACUGACACAGAAACAGCUGUGGUGAAUGUCACAUACGCAACAAAGGAAGAAGCAAAAGUUGCGAUUGAGAAGUUGACCGGUCACCAGCUGGAGGACCACUCCUUCCACGUCUCCUACAUCAUGGACCCGGACGCCGCGCCCCCUCCCCCACAGCAGCACUCGCCGCGCAUGCACAGGGGCGGCCGUUCCUCCUCCUCGCGCGAGCAGGACGCCACCUCCUCCUCCUCCUCCUCGCAGCCGGGCCCCUCGGGAGGAGGAGGCCCCGGGACCCAGCGCCACAAGCAGCAUCCACACCAUCACCACACACAGCAGCAUCAGCAGCAGCAUGACUUCCCCCUGCGUCUGCUCGUGCCUACGCAGUUCGUGGGAGCCAUCAUUGGCAAGGAGGGCCUUACCAUCAAGAACGUCACCAAACAGACACAAUCUAAGGUGGACAUCCACAGGAAGGAGAACGCGGGUGCGGCUGAGAAGCCGAUCACCAUCCACUCCACCCCUGAGGGCUGCUCCGCCGCCUGCUGCAUGAUCCUGGACAUCAUGCAGAAGGAGGCCAACGACACCAAGAUAACGGAGGAGAUCCCCCUUAAGAUCCUGGCCCACAACAGCCUGGUGGGCCGGCUCAUUGGCAAGGAGGGCCGCAACCUCAAGAAGAUCGAGGAGGAGACAGGGACCAAGAUAACCAUCUCCUCGUUACAGGACUUAACCAUCUACAACCCUGAGCGGACCAUCACAGUGAAGGGGAGCCUGGAGGCGUGCUGUAAGGCGGAGGUGGACAUCAUGCGCAAGCUGAGGGAAGCCUACGAGAACGACAUUGCUGCUAUCAACCAACAAACCAACUUGAUCCCGGGGCUGAACCUCAACGCUCUGGGCAUCUUCUCCACGGGCCUUCCCAUGAUGCCUCAUGCCACCGGGCCCCGAGGGGCCCCUCCGGUGCCUGCCACGGGAUACAGCCCUUUCCUGAGUCCCUCGCCUCAUCUAAGUGGCUUAUACGGAGCUCCUCCACCGAGUGCCAUCUCCCACCAGCACACCGCUACUUCGUCGUCAGCUCCAGAGCAGGAGGUGGUCUACCUCUUUAUUCCAACUCAGGCCGUCGGGGCCAUUAUCGGCAAGAAGGGCCAGCACAUUAAGCAGCUCGCACGCUUCGCCGGAGCCUCCAUUAAGAUCGCGCCCGCAGAAAGCCCAGACGUCACCCAGAGGAUGGUCAUCAUCACAGGGCCCCCAGAGGCCCAGUUUAAGGCCCAAGGCAGGCUAUUUGGGAAGCUAAAAGAGGAGAACUUCUUCACGGCGAAAGAGGAGGUGAAGCUGGAGACGCAUAUCAAAGUUCCCUCGUCAGCUGCUGGCCGAGUCAUUGGCAAGGGGGGCAAAACGGUGAAUGAGCUACAAAACCUCACCAGCGCAGAGGUCAUCGUGCCUCGGGACCAAACACCUGACGAGAACGACGAGGUCUUUGUCAAAAUCAGCGGGCAUUUCUUCGCUAGCCAGACUGCACAGAGGAAGAUUCGGGAGAUUAUCCAGCAGGUCAAGCAGCAGGAGCAGAAGCACCAGCAAGGGGGUCCCCCAGUCCCGCGCCACACCAAGUGACCUGCAGAGGGCAGUGCAGCGCAGCACAGCGCAGCGCCUCCCCAGCGGCCAGCCACCAGCCAAUGAAUGUAGCCCAAACUGGAGAACAAGAGAGGGAGACAGAGAGAGAGAGAGAGAAAGAGAGAGAGAAUGAUGAGUGUGUGUGAACGUGAGAAAGAGAGGGAUGAGAUGGAGAACAGGAAGAGGGGAACGAAUGGCACAGGCAGGAGCAGACCACCGGCAAUGGGAACAACAGAAGAAAAAAAAACAAAUGAGAGAGAGAAAAACCAAAGAAGUUGACGCGGGGAAGGGAGGGGGGCGAGGGGAGGGGAAGGGGGAGGAGUAAUGUGUGAGCCAAAGGCUGUAGAGGCUAUACGAUGUGCGGAGCUGCCCGCCUUCGAGGGCUGAGGGGAGCACUGACGAGAGACCUGACUGUUCGGGAAAAAAAAGAACUACCGCACACGCACACUCAUGCACACACACACACGUGCACUAUCAUACACACACAAAAUUUGCUCACACGUUGCGAAAAUGUUACAAAAAAAGAUACAAAAUGAAAAAAAACAAACAAUGUAUGGCAAGGAUUUGGGAAUCCAUGUUGUGUUUUCACAAGUUUUCAAAAUGCAGGAAGUGGUCCUGAGCCCCUUAUUUACGUGAUGUCAUUUUAGCUGGACUAACAUAGGCCUAACAACCGGAUCGACGUGGGAGAACAAAAAAAGCUUUGUUAGCACAGACAGUAUAUGUACGUGUACGCAUUACGUUUGAGUUAGGUUUGAAGUACAGUAGACAUAGGGCAGGUGUGGAGUAGUGACCGGGAUGCUCUUUUGUUGUGUUUUUUUUUUAAUUCAUCAAUGGUUUUCGAGGCUAAGAUUCAAGUGUCAGUAUCCUUAGCAGUAUUAACAAGCGUUAGAACAAAAUAUACUGUUAUAUACUGCAGAGCUGUACUGUUGAUCUCGUCAUGAAGUAUAUAAACACUUCUAUACAGACUGAUGUGUAUAUUUGUGUAUACAUAUAGUUGUAUGUAUAUAACAGUAUAUUUUUAGAUUAUAAAGGUCUUUUAAAAUGAUUGAAAAAAAACAAAUACACAUGGGCUUGGGGAUAAUGGGUGCGCUUACAGGGAGAGAGUUUGAUGCAUAUCUUUUACUUGUCUGCAUUGAGAUCAUAUUUAAAAGUCAAACCAAGAUGCGCAAGAAGCAUUGACAUCCUUUGAGGAGAGAAAAACGAUGAAACUUAGUGGAUUGUUCUGAGUCCAUGUUAUUCAACCUGCUUGUGCCAACAGGAGUAUUCAACAUCCCUGUGAAAAUGUUUUUACUUUAUUUAGUUAUCAUAUCCAUCGCUGGUUUCUUGUGUUUUUUCGUAUGUCGUUGGCUAACUACUCGCAUCUAUCUGUCUAUUUGCUUAACACUCUCUGUCUCUCCACUCUUUUGCUGUCAUCAACUUCAGCCGAUAAUCUGUUCUCUUUUUAUUUUUUGUUUCUUUCGUCACAGUGAAGUUCCAUGUUGCCUGUGAUAGUUGUGUUUACUUUUACCUUGCAGCCUUUUUGACUUUCGACUGCCACUUCUCAGUUGAAGAGAUUGAGAGAAACCGUUAUUGAUUUAAAGGGAUAUGCCACUAUUUUGGGGCUGAAUACGGUUAAAAUCAUUGCCCUAGGUUUAUAAAGAUGUAACGUGUCUUAUUUUUCAUGUUAGGCAUUGUCUAGUUUUAAGGAGGGAGAAAGUAUCUAAGCUAGUGAGAGUCAAUGGAUCACAUAUGCUACAGUGAUCCAUUGACUUUCACUAGCUUAGCUACAUACUCCCUCGCUUAACAUGAAAAAUAAGACACUUAAACACCUUUAUAAAUCCCGGCCUAUGAUUUUAAUGGUAUUAAUCCCCAAAAUAGUGGCAUACCCCUUUAAGAUUGAGAGAAAUUGAGAAUGUGCAACUGCAGGCCUAGAUAUUAGAAAUAUAUGAAUAUACACACGACAUUCGCACGAGGAGAAAUCACUUUCCAGAUGUCACCUGUCAGAACCGUAUCCUAGGAGAGAGAAUCGAUUCUGUUGUAACAGAAUGUCAAGUUUGCUGCAUAUGGUUGACAGAAUCUUAUGUUGACUGGAGUGUUGCGCUAGUCGCUCUCGGGGGUUGAGUUGAAGUCCACAGCGCUGGGGGAGACGUACUACAACAAAAUAUGUGAGCGAAG